GAUUAGACUCAUUCAGAUUUCUUCCGUGUGUCGAAGACGAAGUGCUGUGACCUUUACGUUUCACACUGUUUGGAUAAAAAUUAAAUUAUUUUUAUUUGAAUUUAUUGAUUUAAACUCGUUAUUAAAUAAUAUUUGUAUCUUUCUCCAUUACCGUUUAUUUGCCAUCUCAGCUGUAAUUAUAAACAUUGCAUUUUUUGUUUUAUUAAUAUUACUUGUUAACUUCAUUCUCUUAAACAUGGAAAAAAACUCAGACGAUUAUAUUCCGGCGUUUUUUGAAAAUCGCUCUAUAUUUAUAACGGGUGGGACAGGUUUCAUUGGAAAAGUUUUGAUAGAGAAACUCUUGCGAUCUUGUCCCGGUGUGGCAGAAAUAUUUGUGUUAAUACGUCCCAAAAAAGGAUUAAACGUUAACGAGAGAAUUAAGAAAAUGUUGGAUAACAAGCUUUUCGACGUAUUGCGAAGCAAGCAACCAUCCAGUUUUGAUAAAAUCAUUCCAAUAACUGGAGAUAUAGCUGCUGAAAACUUGGGAAUGAUAAAAUCCGAACGAGAAAUGUUAAUUGAAAGGGUGUCUAUCAUAUUCCACGUUGCAGCUAGUGUCAGAUUUGAUGAUGCACUCAAAGAAGCGGUUUUCAUCAACACUAGAUCUACAAGAGACAUUUGUAUUUUAGCUCAAAGCAUGAAGAAUUUAAAUGUUCUAUUACACGUUUCAUCCACAUACACUCAAACUGAUAAACGUGUAGUGGAAGAAAUUGUAUAUCCUUUGGAUGUUGAUUGGCAACAAAUGAUUAAAAUAAGCGAAUCUGUUGAUGAUUUUUCUCUAAAAAUAUUGACAGCAAAAUUUUUAGAUACGAUGCCAAACACCUAUACUUUUACCAAAAGGUUGGCUGAGCAAGUGAUAAACGAUUAUUCCGAGUCACUGCCAUGUGUACUUAUUAGGCCUUCGAUAAUAAUAAACGCGGCAGACGAACCACUAAAAGGAUGGAUUGACAAUUUCAAUGGACCAAUCGGUAUGCUCAUUGGUGGAGGCACAGGGUUAAUACGUGUAGUCUUUGCCGAUAAGAAGAUUAUGGCGGAUUAUGUGCCCGUUGACGCAGCUGUUAAAAUAAUUCUAAUUGCAACAUGCAAACAUGGUAUCAAAGCUAAGGAAGACAAGAAUAAAAUGAUUGAAGUCUACAACUGCUCAUCAAAUCAAAUAAAGUCAUUAGAAGUAGGUCAGAUGGUUGACCUAGGACUUAGCAUCACGAAAGAUGUGCCUAUCGAAAAAAUAAUAUAUAAUCCAGGGACGACAGUAACAAAAAAUUAUUACAUUUAUUACACAUUAAUGUUAACAUUACACAUCUUACCAGCAUUAUUUUUGGAUACACUUAUGAAGUUAUUUGGUGCACGUCCUAUAUUGCUUAAAUUACAAAGGAAAGUUUAUGUAUCAAACAACGCCUUGUCGUACUUUUUGUUGAAUGAAUGGAAAUUUUAUAAUGAGAAGGUCUUAAAUCUUUUACAUAACAUAAGUGAAGACAACAAAGAAGAAUUCGGAUUUCCUUAUGAAGAUCUCGACCUAUCAAUUUUCUAUAAAAAUGGAUUAAUAGGAUCAAAACUUUACCUUUUAAAUGAGAAGAUGGAGAACCUAGAUUCAGCUAAACGUCAUUAUAAAAGGAUGAAAUGGAUUGAUAUUAUUGUCAAGACUCUAUUCGUCGUAACAAUCGUAUGGAUUCUAUAUCUGUACUAAAAUAUUGAAUAAAUAGCAUUAAAUAUGGGAAGAAAUUAAUAUUAUUCUCAAUGAUGCAUAAAUACAUCCGUAGAUGCCUGUUCAAUAACAAUGUUGUAACAAUAUAUUAAUUGCGUAAUAUGUAAACACAGUAAUAUAUAUUACUUUUUAUUAUGUAUAAAGAUUUUAUUUGUUUAAAGCGCAAGUAAUAGAAUAAAAAUAAAUAAGUAGUAGGACAUAACUCUAAUAUUUACACUGCAAAAUUAGAACAAAAUUUAAACUUGCAACCACUCUACAUGUCUUUAUAUGUUAUUAUAUCAGUAUCUUUAUGUUAUUAUAUUAGUAUGUUGUAAUUUUAGUUCUUUUACUUUUAAUAUUAAAGAAAUCAACGUAAGUUGAAUCAAUUUAUCAAUGUUAUGAAUGAUGCAGUGAUGUAUUAAAAUCUACGUAAAACUUCUCUCUCUCUCUCUCUGUAAGAAGUGUAAAAGGUUUAAUAAUCAUUUUGUAAUACAUAAAUACAGAGAGAUAUAUGAAAAUACAAGUGUUCAGCUCUUGUAAUCUUUGUUCAACUUGAUUAUCUCACUCAUGAGUGGCUAUAAAUUCCACUCCUUUUGAUACAUGUAAAAAAUGUAAAGAUUUCUAAAAAUUUUCUAAAUAUAAAAAAAUAAAUAUUUUA